AUGGCUGAAGAUUCUUUCCUUCAUCUCGCUCGCCCUCUCGGCCCCGUUAGCGUGGGGACCGCUCCUACCACUGCCCCUCUGAACGUGGUCAUUCAACCCCAGCUCAUUCCUCCCAAGGCAAUCUUCUCAGUUCUCGACCACUCUCUUCGCCGCAAUGCCGACCAGGAGCGAGUUAUCGGUACACUCCUCGGAACACGAUCUGAGGAUGGAAGUGAGGUCGAGGUCCGAUCCGCCUUCGCUGUCGGCCACUCCGAGGCUGAGGACCAGGUCGAAGUCGAUAUGGAAUACCACAAGCAGAUGCUCGCUUUGCACCUGAAGGCCAACCCCCGCGAAGUCUUGGUUGGCUGGUACGCCACUGCUUCCGAACUCAACACUUUCUCCGCUUUGAUCCAGAACUUCUACAGCGGCCAGGGUGAUGGUACCUGGCCUCACCCCGCUGUCCACCUGACUGUCUCCACCGAGGCUGGAAAGGACCUCGAGACCCGCGCCUACAUUUCCGCCCCCGUUGGUGUCACUGCUGAGCGUGCUGCCGACAGCGCUGCUUUCAUCCCCGUUCCCUACGAGCUCCGAUACGGCGAGGCCGACAAGAGCGGUCUUGAGUCUAUCGCCAACGCCAAGGAUGCCGAGGAUCGUUCUACUUCCGUCACUUCCGACAUUGAGUCUCUGGAGCGCGCCAUUGAGGAGGUUCUGUCCAUGGUUGACCGCGUCUCGCGCUACGUCGAGUCCGUGAUCGACGAGGAGACCCCCGCUUCGACUGCCAUGGGCCAGUUCCUGCUUAACGCCCUCGCUCUCGCUCCCAAGGUCGAGGCUGCCGACAUUGAGCGUGACUUCAACAACCACAUCCAGGACGUCCUGGUCGUUUCUUACCUUGCCAACACCGUGCGCACACAGAUGGAGCUUUCCACUCGGCUAGCAACCGCCCAGCUCACCCUUGGCGGCGGCGGCGGUGGCGGCGAAGGCCCCGCUUCCGGCGAGCAGCGCAACCAGCGUGGCGGCAAGGGCAACAACCAAGGCGGCCGCCCCCGCCAGGACCGCAACGAGGAAGCCCGCGCAUGA